AUGGCGCCUUCUUCCUACCAUCGCAUGCGACCUCCUGAAAGGUGCGAGGAGUGCUCUACUAAGCUCUGGUAUGAGCAGGAAGGACUUCGCUACUGCAAGAACGGCCAUCAGCUCGAGGGUUUUGCAUCCCACGAUGCCGGCGAGGAUGAAUACGGAACAACGGGGAAGGUGACCAAGGCUAGAAAGGAGAAGCGGCAGAGAGCAGCGGUGAAGCUGGAGGGUCCCGAAGGCAGGAAACUGUACCUCGAGAUAUUGCAGCUCAUCAUCCGGAAGCAGCUCUUAUGGCUGGUGCGGGAAGAGAAAGGAUUCCCGAACGAGCUGGAGUCGGUCGUCCGGGGUCUGUGGACGUAUCUGCUGGGACUGCCGAUGAUGGCGGAUGGCACUGAGGGUCCGGAGACUGACGAGGCGACGAGCGCGAGCGAGCCCGAGGACAGCGAUGCGUCGACGAGCUCGCGAUGGGCUAUUGAAGGGUCGAGGAGGUCGCCGGGCCUUGUACAUACCCUGGCGCUAUGUUAUCUAGGUUGCAUUGUCCUGCGACUUCCCGUCAGGAUGGGAGACUUCCACGAGUGGGCGAUGAAGGGCGAUAUCGAGUUUUUGGCUGCCUUCAACGGCAUUCCGCAGCACGUCAAGGACCGUCUGCCGGCCAAGUAUCACAGAGCACUGCAAGUUCGAGAUCACAUCAAGCGGGGCAAACUGCUUGCUACCGCACAAGAGCUUGCGAUCACACUCAACGUUCACGCCGAACUCAAACUCCCGCCACUGAACUACGUGCCGAUUCUGGUGGAUUACAUUCAGCAACUCACCUUGCCGGUCGAGAUCUACUUCAUGGUCAAAUGCCUCUCUCAACUUCUCGAGGCGGAUUUCGGGUUUCCUGACGCAAAUUCUAAGCGGGUGCGCGCCAUGGAUAACCCAGAAGUAUUACUCAUUACCUUGGUCGUCGUGUCGACGAAACUACUGCAUCCUCUUGACGGCGUCCAGCGUCCGCCCAUUAGCGAGGGUGACCCAAGAACGACGCAAAUCAACUGGGAAGAGUGGCGAAAGACCAGAGAGCAGCCACCGCAAAAAUCGGAAGACAAGCUGGAAAGAGGAACGGAGCACGAGAUAACCGCGAAUGAAGCGCUGACGAUGGACAAGCAGAAGAUGGAUGAUUUCAUGGACUGGUUCGAGAGGAUGUGGAUCACGCAAGGUGAUGAUGAACCCAAAACACCUGCCUUUAUCCGCCAGCCAUUUCAAGAGGACAGCAGGACAGCAGGUGAACUGGAUAUGGCUGAACAGCCAAACGAUAAUGCCAAUAUCAAAGAACGCUACAAGGCUUUACAUGCAACUAUGCGGACAGUUGAGCCACAGCCAGACACAGCAGGUGGCAAGAGAGCUGCCCGUGACUACUGUCCGGUGUGGCGGACAGAAGACGAGCUGCCCGAACAUGCAAAGGCUUUCUACGGAGUAGCAGCAGAGUUGGCCGCAAUAUCGGUCCAGGCCUUGUUGAUGGCUGCUCUACAAGUCGAGAGACGCCUGGAGAUAUGGUCUGCUAGGAAGUUGAAGAAGGACAAGAUCGGGCAGUCACAAGAACACGCCGAACUUCCCAUCACCAACAGCAAUUCAUCGAAGACCGGCAAAAUGCAGAUCUUCGUGAAGACCCUGACGGGCAAGACCAUCACCCUUGAGGUGGAGUCUUCCGACACCAUCGACAAUGUCAAGUCCAAGAUCCAGGACAAGGAGGGCAUUCCCCCGGACCAGCAGCGAUUGAUCUUCGCUGGCAAGCAGCUCGAGGAUGGCCGCACUCUCUCCGACUACAACAUCCAGAAGGAGUCCACCCUCCACCUGGUCCUCCGCCUCCGUGGUGGUAUCAUCGAGCCCUCGCUCAAGGCCCUGGCCUCCAAGUUCAACUGCGAGAAGAUGAUCUGCCGCAAGUGCUACGCCCGUCUUCCCCCGCGAGCCACCAACUGCCGUAAGCGCAAGUGCGGUCACACCAACCAGCUCCGACCCAAGAAGAAGCUCAAGUAA